AUGGCAAAGAAGCCAAGCAUGGGUCGGCAGAAGAUCAAAAUUGCCAAAAUAGAAGUCAAGAAUCACCUCCAAGUCACAUUCUCUAAACGUCGUUCAGGACUUUUCAAUAAAGCUAGUGAACUAUGUACGCUAUGUGGGGUUGAAAUUGCCAUAAUAGUUUUCUCCCAUGCGAGAAAAGCUUACUCAUUUGGCCACACUAAUGUUGAGUCCAUUAUCGAUAGGUUUCUUUCACGAAAUCCUCAUCCAAUCUUCAAUAAUCCACCUCAUCUUUUUGAGUUUCAUAAUAAAUAUGAUGUUAAUGUUUAUGAGCUCAACUUGCAACUCACUCAAAUUCUUGAUGAAGUUGAAGUUGAGGAGAAAAAGAGUGAAGCAUUUGAUCAAAUGAGGAAGAAUCGUGAAAGUCAAUAUUGGUGGGAAGCCCCUAUAGGUGAACUUGCCUAUCAUGAGCUUGAGCAAUUAAAAAAUUCUUUGGAAGACUUUAAAAAGAAUGUGAUAACUCAUGCAAGCAAGAUUAUGGUUGAGAAUAGUAAUAAAUCAUUUUUCAAGCCUGUUAUGGAUGUUUCAAAUUAUCCUCAUAACCAUGCUUUUGGUUAUGAUCAUCAUGGAUUCUUUUAA